AUGGCGCCCGAGGCCCCUGCGGACACUGCAGGCCCAUCCUCCCCACCACCUCAACUUCCAGAAGGCUGGCUCCCUCAAUGGGAAGGUGUCGGACGGAAAUGGUAUUACGUACAGCGCACGACCGGGAAAUCGCAAUGGGAGAUUCCGACCGAACCGAUCGUCCUGACCCCGUCAACAACACCGACACCGAUGGGGGCAGGGCUACCGCAGGAGCCGAAAUUGCAUCCGACAAGCGGCAGUACUCGAGAGGGGGAGUCCGUGGACACAAUGGCAGGCGGGACGUACUCCGCGGCGGACAGUGCGAGAAUUUCCGUAGGGAAUCGCGCUCAUUAUGUCUGCUCGAACAAUCCAGCCUAUGGGUCUUCAGUGGCACCGGGUUGGUAUUCGAAUCAGACGGGUCAACACUUGCCCGGCGGAUACGAGCAACAGCUAGCUGCAAACGCAGCCGGAUAUGGCCCGAAUCCAUUGCACCAGGGCCCCGUUGGACAGAUGAAUGGUGUUCAGCCGGCAUAUUAUGGGAGCCAGACACACCAAGGAUAUCAAAUCACGGGUCCACACCACAUGGGGCAAAGUAUCUCCUCAUCAGCGUGGGGUAAUAAUCCAAGUACUUAUCAGGGACACCCAAGCGGUUAUAACAUGACACAACAUGCACAAUCCUUCCAAGCAUUUUCUGCUGAUCCUGCUGGAUUGCAUGGCCAUCAACCACCAGCAUCGUGGACAAUAACCAGCAAUCCACAGGGGCAAAUGGCAAGGUCAAUGGAUGGAACUUCCGAUCCCCAGCCACAGUGGCAAUUGGAAUCACAACAAGGCCAUUUGAAUGCCUCUGGUGAGGGUGUCCCGAUGAACUUACACCCAUCAACCAUGCCUAAGCCCUUAUUUGGGUCUUACUCAUCCAACCAGAAUGUGGAACCGUCUUCGGGAGAAUUCGCUCGCCGUGCCUCGAAUAUUUCUAUUGUUAGAGAAGGGCAGCCCUACCAAACUUCCGCGGAUAGCUUCCCCAACCAUUCAACGCACUCCAUGGGCGACCAAGGUAGAUUUGGACAAGGCCAACUGGACCCACGCUCCCAUUCGCAACAUGCUCUCACGGACCCUGCUUUACAGGGAUUCUCACCACUCCAACAUGUACAGAGUCAAUAUCAACAGCAGCACAUGAUACGAAAACAGUCAGGAUCACACCAAGUCAACCUUGCUCAAGGCCAUCAGCAGUAUCACAACCCAAUGGCGCCAGUGAGUUUCAACCAGUACGGUUCACAGCAUCAGUUUGGUCAUAGCGGUGGGCCGACGGGUUUCCCCGAAACAGCACACGUUCACCAAGUUCCUUACCACCAGUCGAGCCAUUAUCCCGAGCAUAUUAAACAUUCACCGGGGGAGACAGGAAGAGAUCCAGAGUCACACUUUGUUAGUGGGCCGUGGACAUCGACACCGCCUUCUGCUGGACAGUUGUAG